AUGACGGCCUCGACGAUUUCACGCACCCGCACGGGCUGCUGGGCUUGUAGAGUCCGGAGAGUCAAGUGUGACGAGACACAUCCUGUCUGUCGCCGCUGUGCGCGAAACAACCGGCCCUGCAGAUACGGUCUACGCUUGACCUGGCUCGAGGAAUCGGUCGCCAAGGGCAUUUGCCAUGGACGAAAGGGGGUGUGGUCGAAGAAUGGCCAGAAGAAAGGAGAUACAGAUCUAGCAGAUCUCGCCAAGAGAGUACAGUGCUCCACGCCCAUUCCGCACCGGCAGUGGAUGUUUCUCCAUACCUCUGUCCAUGAUGUGGAACGGUUCUGUGUAGGUUACCAGGGGACGAAUGACAUGAUAUGGCCGAAAUAUACACGGCAACUGUCGCUCUCGCCGGCGAUGAGCACGGUACCCGUCACAGGUCAGAGUCGAUCCACCAACGACCCCACGCUGCUGGCCUUCUUUGAGGCGGUCAUCUGCAGCAGCUCGACCUUGGUGGACAAUGCGCAGUCAAAUCCAUACCGGUAUCUCAUAUUGCCCAUGGCACUCAAUUCAGAGGGCAUUUACCAUGCGGCGUUGGCCAUCUCGGCCAAUACCUUGCGACUCUCCGAAGCGCGGUAUCGCGUUCCUGCCCUGGAGCACCAUCAUCGCGCGCUACUCUAUCUCCGGACUCUUCUGGGUCGCGACAGCUGGACAGACAGGGAGCUGGAUGAGAUCUUGGGACUCGUUCUCAUGAUGUGUUGGUUUGAGAUCUCGGAUAAUAGCCGUCCAUCAUGGGUGACUCACCUCGAUGGAUUUCAAUUGGUCAUGUCUGCGCGAAAGAAACAGCGCCCCCAAAUCCUGUCCUGGCACAGCCAGGAGCUACUGAGUUUCUUCGACCGCUACUUCGCUUUCCACCUCGUGCUCGCCCGUACGGCGUUUCGAUGGGAGAGCCCGCAAACCCAGGCGUGUCUUUCACCAACCCCUUUUAGUUCGUCCUUACCGGAUACUAUCGACCCAUACAUGGGAUUUAGCCACUCCCUGCUGCUCUUGAUUAACCGGAUUGCGGAUCUGGCGUGGACGGAGCGCGAGGUGGACCAUCAGACUGUAUAUGGGCUCAAGGAAAAAUUGGAGAUGAUCCACCAGACAUCCCCCGAUGGGGAUGGUGACUCGCAGUCCAGUAUGACUAUCGCUGAAGCGAACCGCUUGGGAGCGAUGCUGCUACUGUAUGAAAUCUGCUCGUCCGCCGAGACAAACUCUACGUUUCCGUCUUUCGCCCCCGAGGAUAAACACGAUUGUAUCCGUCAGAUCCUCGAUCUUAUACAAGAGCACAAGACCAACAUAAUGCGGACCGCCGUGCUGCCUCUGUGGCCUCUUUUCUUGGCGGGCUGCUGUGCCCCGAGCGACGACGAGCGAGUUGUCGUCUUGCAGCUUUUCAAUGAGUUGGAGGGCAUUCGGCGAUUCGGAAACAUCGCCCCGGCGAGGGAAGUGAUGGAAAUGGUCUGGCGACACCGCGACCUUGCGCAAAGUGGCUUAGGAAACGGCGUCAAGAUGGGAAAGAGGGUGCGCUUUGAAUGGGAGCAUGCUAUGUUAAUGCUGGGCGGGUGGAAGCUAGCGCUGACAUAG